GAAGCCGAGCCAGAGGGAAGCUAGCAGCAGGCGCUCUCACGUCGCCGACCCACACUCACUCCCAGGACACCAGCAAGACACCACCUAUUCACCAACAUCUCUCGUCUUCUCUCUCUCAGCACCUGCAGCUACACCAACAGCAACAUGGGCAGCAAGGUGUUGGUGAUGGUACUUGCCUUCUCACUCGUGCUGAGCAUCGCUAUGGCCCAGCCUCUGGUCGAAGACGAACCCUUCUAUAUUCUGGAUCACGAGGAAGACGCUCCCCCACCAGAAGCGGACUACACGACCGACCUCCUCGAACGCCUUCUAGCCCGCACAGCUCAAAAACGAGAUGAUAUGGCAGGCCCCAUUAAGAGAUGGCGAUCUUGCAUCCCCAGGGGCGGUGCUUGCACACACCGUCCCCAAGCCUGCUGCAACAGCUCUUCCUGCAGGUGCAACCUCUGGGGGACCAACUGCAGGUGCCAAAGGAUGGGUCUUUUCCAGCAACUUGGGAAAUAAGACAUUCGAUUUCCCUCUCUUCUUGAGUUUACAAACAACCCAUAAAUAUAUUUCAGGAUGUAAAACAUUUAGGUUUAUUGUAUCAACACCCCUGACAUUCCAUGAUGUCUUCCAGACUCCUCUUCCUCCUCUCCUCAUUCCUGCUCUCCCUCCUGCCUCUGCCUCCCCCUCCUCCUCCUCUAACCCGCAUAUUUCAGGAUGUAAGGCAUUUAGAUCAUUGUAUUAAAACCCUUGACACUCCUCCUCCUCCUCCUCCUCCUCCUCCUCCUCCUCCUCCUCCUCCUCCUCCUCCUCCUCUUUUCUCCAACCCACAUACUUCAGGAUGUAAGACAUUUAGGUUAUUGUAUUAACACCCUUGACAUUCCAUGAUGUCUUCCAGACUCCUUUUCUCUCUCCUCCUCCUCCUCCUCUUCCUCCCCAAGCAGGUAGCAAGACUAUAUCAGAGAAAGAUCUGGAAAUCUAUUCCCCCUCCUUUCCACACUCGGCAGAAUGCCACUGAAAACACCAGCCCACACUCCCAAAUAAAAUAAAAUAAAACUAUUUCAUACCCAUGAAAAUGAAUGGAAAAUUUAGCUUCCAAAUAUCCACUUUUAAUUUUUACCAAAUUUCAAAUUCAAUCAAAACCAGCCUAUGCAUUGUUAAUGAGAACCAACAUUCCAAUGUGAAUCUUGCUAUUCACGUUCGGAAAUUCAAACUCAAUCUACUGAUCUUCAAUCCACAUUGAAUUUACUGAUCUUGAAUCCUAGCUUGAAUUUACUGAUGUUAAAUCCAAACUGAAUUGACUGAUCUUGAAUCCAAGCUUGAAUUCACUGAUGUUAAGUCUAAAUUGAAUUUACUGAUGUUAAAUCCAAAUUGAAUUUGCAGAUGUUAAAUCCAAAUUGAAUUUACUGACCUUAAAUCCAAAUUGAAUUUACUGAUGUUAAAUCCAAUUUGAAUUUACUGAGCUUAAAUCCAAAUUGAAUUUAUUGAUCUUAAAAAUCCAAACUGAAUUUAUUGAUCUUAACUCCAAGUUGAAUUUAUUGAUUUUAAAUUCAAACUGAAGCCUACUGAUCUUAAACUCACAGGCAUCAAUCCUUCAAUUCGAAUGAAGUCAACCAGGGCAUUCAACCUAAGAGACCUUAACAAACCAAAAAGAAAAAAAAAAGAAUGGACUCAGAGUUAACUCAGAGAGAGAACUUUAAAGUGAACUCAUUGAGUGAACUUGAAGAGUGAACUCAAAAUUAACUCAGAGUGAACUCAAAGAAAGUGUGAACACAAAAUGAACACAUGCAAUGUCUCUCCCACCUUUCCCGAAGUCUUCCAGGCCCUUACUUUCCCCUUAUCUUCUGAGAGUAGAACUUUUUCUUUUCAAUAGGAACGAAAAUAAAAGAAAAUUAGAGAAACAAACCGUUUACCUACCUAUCAGUGCUCCCGAAAAUAAAACUGAACCUUUGCUACUUAAGAACACAAACACACAAACAAUAUAGAAUGCACUGCAUAAUCUCUCUCUCUCUCUCUCUCUCUCUCUCUCUCUCUCUCUCUCUUUAGCUAUAUUGUUUUUCUUGCGGCAGGUAGAUGCUGUGUCUUCGGUAGGUACAAAAAAGCACUACAUAUCGUACGUAUAUAUAUAUUAAAUACAUAUUAGUCAAUGCAUGCCUACAUCUAUUUAUUUCGGCGUAGAAAUUCGACUUCUAAACGGGGUGUGUCAAUUAGUCCUCACAGUGUGUCCUAGAUUUAGGAAAUGACCAUCUCUUAUGAAUUAAAAAUCUAUUUGGCAUCUGUAUAAUAACAAUUAUCGUCUUAUCUAUCAGACUCUUCAUGACAGCAUCUAAAGAGAUGGAUUAUAAGUGGAAGGAGGUCUUCAUCCAGACGUUGAAUAAAUAACUCUUUGGUUCCUUCACAAGUAAACAAUCACAUGAAAUAAAAAAAAUAGGACCUUUAGUAAUUACUAUCACUGUACAUUACUGAAAAUAUCACCAAAUACCUCAGUAAUUAACUUCGCUGUCAGUCUACAGUAAUCUGUAACCAGAAGGAGAUGCUAUCUCAUUACUUAUACACAAACACAGACUGUGCAUUGACUGAGCAAAACCUAAGAUAUUCUUCGUGGUCAAAACCAGAUUUAUAUACUGUUUCUCUACCAUCUUUUCGAAGCCAGUGUGUAAUACAUCCUACAUAAAAACGAAAGAAAUGACAGCUUCAGAUGUUAUCAUGAGAAUUUUCCUGCAAGAAAUCGGCAAUUUAGAAUGAAAAUUGGUGUCGGUGAAGAAGAAUUUUGUGAUGGAUUGAAUGAAACUCAAAUGAUUACAUUAAAAACAAAUAAACUUCCUGUUUUUUUUUCUAAAGUCUUUUUAGUACUUAGAAUGAUAGGACAAUAUUCUUCUACGCAUUUCUUUUUCUUAUAAGACUAUAUCUUAAUCGUCACCCACCUUUGGAAAAUAUUCUUGGAGAAUUUCCACCUCAAUGAAUAAGCCUUUUGUCCUAUAAAUACUUUCCCCGUAUCGGAUACCCAGAUAAACAGUGCUACUCCUUCCUAUCAAGAAUACUCAUUCUCUUCCUGAGAUAACUGCCCUUCUCUUUGAUGAUACUUUAAAUGGAAAAAAAAUAUAUGGAAGGUCUGACUUAUCAUCACAUAGUAGAUAAGACGACAUCAUUCUCCACUAUAAUUCUGAUUCUUUGUCUUGAUUACUUUUAUUUGUUCGUCAGUUGUUAUUUCUUUGUCAACCAACAACUGAUUAUGGCAUAAUUCUUACAAUAAGUCCAACAACAUAAAGAAUCGCUUGGCUAAUUCUAACUUCUGCCUUAGUAGCUUAGUAAUUAGUCUGAUUCUAAGAAAGUUUGUCAUAAUAUAGCCCCUCCAAUCGACAAUAAUAAAUAAAUUAAUAAUAAGAGUAACAACACCUGAUCACAACCAACAGACUUAAUAAAAACAUAAGAGGAUGAAAUACAAACAUCAAAUUAACAUAUCAUUAUGCUAAUGACCAACUCAGUAAGUCAUGAUUGUUAUUAUGAGGAUGUAUAUUAUCAGUGUUAAUCUAAAAAUAAAAAUUGAUCUGAA